CUCUCUCUCUCUCUCUCUCAUACAUGGAUUUGCUUACAGAAGAAUGUCCCAUCAACGGGACCACGCUUUCCACACCACCUUCGUGGCUGCGUCUUUUUUCUCCCGCUCUCUUCCGUUGCCAUCUCUGAGCUUCUCUCUCUCUCUCUCUCUUUCUCUCUUUCUCUCUUCUGUGCACCAGCCAAUGAAGAAGCCAAAGCUAAUGAGCUAGCCACCAGGCCGUACAAUCUCCUAUCCUAUCAGCUCAUCUUUCACAUGACGACAAAGCCCCAUUCCUCCGUCGCCGUCGCCUUCGCCGUCGUCGUCAUAGGAUUCAUCUGGCCGCCGGUGGUCCUGGUCACCAAAGUUAAUUCCCUCGGCUCGGGCUCAACCAUCGCCGUCGGCUACGGCUCCGCAACUGUCUGCGGCAUCGUCGCCGGAGAGCCCACCCAGAGAAUCCAGUGCUACCAAGCGGGCCAAACCAUCCCCGUGCAACCCACCAUAUCCUACGAAGCCAUUUCCGGCGGCCGGACCUUCUUCUGCGGCCUGACGUCUGGUGGCCUCACCCUCCUCUGCUGGGACACUUCCUGCUUCCAAGCCAGGCGCAUUUACCACAGCGAAACCGUCCGAUUAACGGAUCUAACGGUAGGGGACGCUCAUGUCUGCGCCAUCGCGGGCGACACCGGUGAAGUAAAAUGCUGGAGAGGAGAUAAAAACAUUACGGGUGGGCCGUCGUUUCCGUCUCCGGCGGAGGAUUCCAAGCUCCGGUAUAUAACCUCCGGGACAGGGUUUUCGUGUGGGAUUUUGAAGAACAACAGUAGGGUUUUGUGCUGGGGAGAAAGCUUAAUUGGGGCUGAGAUACAGAGACAGUUCGGCAGUUCUUCAAUGUCGACCUUAGUCGCCGGAGCGACUCACGCUUGUGGGUUGAACAAGAACGGUUUCUUGGUCUGUAAAGGAGAUAACAUUUCCGGGCAGCUCGAGGUCCCUCCCGAUUCGGCUUUCGAGUUCUCUGGCCUCGCACUGGGAGCGAAUCGCACCUGCGCAAUCCGGGAAAAAAAUGGGUUCGUGCUCUGUUGGGGAGAGGAAACGAAGACAUCCGGAUUCGCGAAUAAUAAUUCUGAAAUUGAAAACAUUUCCUUCGAAUCCAUUGUCGCGGGUUUGGAUUUCACUUGCGGAUUGGCGACUAGGGAUUUAUCUCUGGUUUGCUGGGGACCAGGGUGGUCUAGCCGGGACCCUAAUCUGGCGAAUGAGCUUCAGAUUCCGUCGGCAAUGGUGAUUCCAGGUCCGUGCGUUCAAUCUUCGUGUAACAACUGUGGGGUGUAUCCCAAUUCCGGGAUUCUCUGUUACGGUUCUGGGAAUAUCUGCAAUUCCUGCGACGUUGAACUUCCCAUUCCGAUUCCUCUACCCCUUCCCACAUUGCCCCAUUCCUCCCCUUCGCCGCCGCAACAAGUUUUUCAGUCCCUUUCUUCUCGGCCAUCGACGGCCAAAAACAGGCUGUUAAUGGCGUUUGCCAUUAUUGGGUCAAUUGGGGCUUUCGCCGGCAUCUGCACGGGAAUCUCAGGUUUCUUGCACAAGAGGAUUCACAAUUCCGCGGACCCUCCCCGGGCCAUGACAACAUUCAAUUGUUCCCAUUUCCCCACACUCGCUCGCCAGAAAAGUGGGACUUCCUUGAAGCACGCAGAGAGAGCAGAGAACUUUUCCCUCUCAGAGCUCGCAGCUGCCACGGACGACUUCUCCCCGGCAAACAAGAUCGGCGGCGGGAGUUUCGGCACGGUUUACCGAGGCACGCUUGCCGGCGGCCGGGAAGUCGCCAUUAAAAGAGGGGAAAUGAGUUCAAGGAGGAAGAAAUUUCAGGACAAGGAAAGCGCAUUCGAUUCAGAAUUAGCCCUCUUGUCCCGCCUUCACCACAAGCAUUUGGUUUCCCUCGUUGGGUUCUGCCACGAGAACGAAGAGAGGCUUUUGGUUUAUGAGUUCAUGAGCAAUGGAGCCCUCCAUGAUCAUCUGCACAGCAAGCAGAUCAUUGAUAAAACCUGCAGCAUCCUCAAUUCCUGGAAAAUGAGAAUCAAGAUUGCAUUAGAUGCCGCCAGGGGAAUUGAAUACCUCCACAACUAUGCAGUUCCCACCAUAAUUCACAGAGACAUAAAGUCCUCAAACAUCCUCCUUGAUGCAAACUGGACUGCAAGAGUAUCCGAUUUUGGGUUGUCCCUGAUGGGGCCUGAAUCCGACCAGGACUUCAUGUCGACGAAGGCGGUCGGGACAGUUGGGUAUAUCGAUCCUGAGUACUAUGUCAUGAAUGUUUUGACGACGAAGAGUGAUGUGUACAGCCUAGGGGUGGUGUUACUGGAGUUGUUGACCGGGAAGAGGGCGGUGUUUAGGAAUGAAGAGGGUGGGAGCACCGGGCCGAUGGGGGUGGUGGAGUAUGCUGUGCCGAGGAUUCUGGCGGGGGAGCUGCAUAGUGUGUUGGACGGGAGAGUUGGGCCGCCGGAGACGGGCGGCGCGGAGGAGGAGGGGGUGGAGCUGGUGGCUUACACUGCAGUGCAGUGUGUGAGCUUGGAAGGGAAAGAGAGGCCUAGUGUGACUGAUAUUGCCACCAAUUUGGAGAGAGCAUUGGCGCUGUGUGAGGAGGACGGCCAUUCUAGCGUCUCUAAUGCUGCAUUCUCCAUUCCUUCAGACUGAAAUUUGGAUCCCAGUUCAAAAUUGAGUCCUUCAUUAUUUUUUUGUUUUCAUUUUUCUCCUAGUUUGAGUAUUGUUUUAUUUAUUCAACUGGGCAAACACCCAAAUUAUAGUACACUUGCUUUUUGUUAAUGUUCUUGAUGCAAAGGAGAAGCAUUAAUAUAUGCAUGCUGUGGAGAGAGCCUUAGAAAAUGAAAUGGGGAUUUCUAAUUUCUGGUUUUGGGCUGUCUUUUCUGAA